CAAAACAAGGGAAAAAACGAAAAAGGAAACUAGGGCCAAAGAAAUUUCUACUCUCUUCGCAUUUCAAUUUGACCUGUGCGACAACCUUUCCCACCCUUCGCUCUCUCCCGUGAAAUCGCCGUCGAUCUAUCACAAAAAUGGUGAGAGGAUCGCUGAAGAAUCUGGUGUCGAAAUCGCUGUCAUACGCCGGAAAAUGGCAGCAACAGCAGCUCCGCCAUCUCAACAUCCAUGAGUAUCAGGGUGCUGAGCUUAUGAGUAAGCAUGGAGUUAACGUUCCUAAAGGUAUCGCCGUAGCUUCUGUUGAGGAAGUUCGAAAAGCCAUCAAAGAUACAUUUGCAGGUCAAGAUGAGGUGGUAGUUAAAAGUCAAGUCCUUGCUGGUGGUCGAGGAUUGGGAACAUUUAAAAAUGGGUUGAAAGGUGGAGUGCACAUUGUGAAGGCAGAUCAGGCUGCAGACUUAGCUGGAAAGAUGCUUGGUCAAAUAUUGGUCACCAAACAAACUGGUUCUCAGGGAAAACCUGUUAACAAGGUUUAUUUGUGUGAGAAGAUGUCGCUGACAAAUGAAAUGUACUUUGCCAUUACACUUGAUCGUAAAACUGCUGGUCCACUUAUAAUUGCCUGCAGCAAAGGAGGAACAAGUAUUGAAGAUCUUGCUGAGAAGUAUCCUGACAUGAUCAUCAAGGUACCUAUUGACGUUUUUAAAGGAAUCACGGAUGAAGAUGCUGCUAAAGUUGUUGAUGGCCUCGCACUCAAAUCGGCGGAUAAACAGGCUGCCAUUGAACAAGUGAAGAACUUAUAUAAGCUCUUCUGUGAAUGUGACUGCACCAUGCUGGAAAUUAAUCCACUCGCAGAAACUUCUGACAACCAAUUGGUGGCCGCUGAUGCAAAGCUCAAUUUUGAUGACAAUGCUGCAUUUCGCCAGAAAGAGAUAUUUGCUAUGCGUGACACGUCGCAGGAGGAUCCUCGAGAGGUUACUGCUGCAAAGGCUGAUUUGAACUAUAUUGGUUUGGAUGGAGAGAUUGGUUGCAUGGUCAAUGGGGCAGGAUUGGCUAUGGCCACAAUGGAUAUAAUCAAAUUGCAUGGAGGAACGCCUGCCAACUUUUUGGAUGUUGGUGGCAGUGCUUCUGAAAAUCAGGUGGUCGAGGCAUUUAAGAUAUUGACUUCUGAUGAGAGAGUAAAGGCAAUUAUGGUGAACAUAUUUGGAGGAAUAAUGAAGUGCGAUGUUAUAGCCAGUGGAAUUGUAAAUGCUGCAAAACAGGUCUCAAUGAAGGUACCUUUGGUUGUUCGACUUGAAGGGACAAACGUUGACCAGGGGAAGAGAAUAUUAAAGGAGAGUGGCAUGACUAUCAUAACAGCAGAAGACCUCGAUGAUGCAGCUGAGAAGGCAGUGAAAGCAGCUUCAAGUUGAAAGUGUGCAUUGGUCUCUAUAAUCUGACUUUUGGUUUUACUUUCUUCUUCAAAAAAAAGUUUUCCUGUUAGCUCCAGUACGGUGGAGAAAACUUGCAUAUAAAUUGGCAUUGGAAUUGGCUAAGUAUAAAAUUGACGAGAAAAUCACAAUGAGAGGAGCUCUCAAUUUUUUUUCUUGGUUAUGUCGGUAUAAACUGGAAUCACUUUAUUUUCA